GUUUGACUCCGGCUGGAAAAAACAUUAAUGAACGUAUCUGUGGGAAGAAACGGAAAGUGAAUGAGUCAGGAGGGCCACCUUCGGCCAACGGCCCCUGGAAAGGAAGGAGGCCAAAGGCGUUCGGUGCUGGACUUUGGGGGAAGGUGUGGGGGGAGGCAUGCAGACUGCGGGAAUCAGGGCGCGGGCGCCGGGCGUGGACCCCGGCAUUGUUCCCAGCUCGCUCUUAUCUCCCGGGAGCAAGUAUCCUGUGUGCGCAGCGCAUGAAUGUAUCUGGGCAUCUCCGCGUGUAUUUAUAUAGUGUGUGUGAUGCGAAAAGCAGGACCCGCGGAGGGGAGGAAGAGGGGGUGUGAGGGGGGGGGAGAGGGAAGACGAGGGAGAGCAGAGGGGAGAGAAGAGAAGAGAGAGGAGAGCGAGAGACAGAGAGAGAGAGAGAGAGAGAGAGAGAGAGAGAGAGAGAUAGGACUUCCUCCCCAUUCGCAAAGUGAAGUCACUUCCCAAAAUUAGCUGAAAAAAAGUUUCAUCCGGUUAACUGUCUCUUUUUCGCUCCGCUACAACAACAAACGUGCACAGGGGAGCGAGGGCAGGGCGCUCGCGGGGGGCACGCAGGGAGGGCCCAGGGCGCCAGAGAGGCCGCGCCGGGCUAAUCCGAAGAGGCUGCGAGGUCAGGCUGUAACCGGGUCAAUGUGUGGAAUAUUGGGGGGCUCGGCUGCAGUCUUGGCCAAAUGGACGGGACUAUUAAGGAGGCUCUGUCGGUGGUGAGCGACGACCAGUCCCUCUUCGACUCCGCCUACGGACCGGCGGCCCAUCUCCCCAAGGCCGACAUGACCGCCUCCGGGAGUCCCGACUAUGGCCAGCCCCACAAGAUCAACCCCCUUCCCCCGCAGCAGGAGUGGAUGAAUCAGCCCGUGAGGGUCAGUGUCAAGCGGGAGUACGACCACAUGAAUGGGUCCAGGGAGUCUCCGGUGGACUGCAGUGUUAGCAAAUGCGGCAAGCUAGUGGGCGGAGGCGAGUCCAACGCCAUGAGCUACAACAGCUACAUGGACGAGAAGAACGGCCCCCCUCCCCCCAACAUGACUACCAACGAGAGGAGGGUCAUCGUCCCCGCAGACCCCACGCUGUGGACGCAGGAGCACGUGAGGCAGUGGCUGGAGUGGGCGAUAAAGGAGUACGGCUUGAUGGAGAUCGACACAUCUUUCUUCCAGAACAUGGACGGCAAGGAACUGUGUAAACUGAACAAGGAGGAUUUCCUCCGGGCCACCUCCCUCUACAACACGGAAGUGCUGUUGUCACACCUCAGCUACCUCAGGGAAAGUUCACUGUUGGCCUAUAACACAACCUCCCACACGGACCCGUCCUCGCGACUGAACGUCAAAGAAGACCCUUCCUAUGACUCAGUCAGGAGAGGAGGAUGGGGCAAUAACAUGAAUUCUGGCCUCAACAAAAGUCCCCCCCUUGCAGGAGCACAAACAAUGAGUAAGAAUACUGAACAGCGGCCCCAACCAGAUCCAUAUCAGAUCCUGGGCCCGACCAGCAGUCGCCUAGCCAAUCCCGGGAGCGGGCAGAUCCAGCUGUGGCAGUUCCUUCUGGAGUUACUGUCGGACAGCGCCAACGCCAGCUGCAUCACCUGGGAGGGGACCAACGGGGAGUUCAAAAUGACGGACCCCGAUGAGGUGGCCAGGCGCUGGGGAGAGCGGAAGAGCAAACCCAACAUGAAUUAUGACAAGCUGAGCCGAGCCCUCCGAUACUACUACGAUAAAAACAUUAUGACCAAAGUGCACGGCAAGAGGUAUGCCUACAAAUUUGACUUCCACGGCAUCGCCCAGGCUCUGCAGCCACAUCCCACCGAGUCGUCCAUGUACAAGUACCCUUCGGAUAUCUCCUACAUGCCCUCCUACCACACCCACCAGCAGAAGGUGAACUUUGUCCCUCCGCCCCCGUCCUCCAUGCCGGUCACUUCCUCUAGCCUCUUUGGGGCAGCGUCACAGUACUGGACCUCCCCCACGGGUGGCAUCUACCCCAACCCCAAUGUCCCCCGCCACCCAAACACCCACGUGCCCUCACACUUAGGCAGCUACUACUAGACGCUUCAUCACCGGUGGCCUUCUCGCUGAAGUCCCCUUCCUCACACUUCUUGUUGGACAUACGUGGCCUUGAAGAGAAAACGAAACUGGAUGCUCUUUCUUGUUGGAUAGAACCUUGUACUUGUACCUGUUCUUUAAAAACGAUUCUUUUUUUUUUUUUUUUUUUUUUUUAACGUUGGUAACUCCUGCUUCCUCUACCUUGAACAAAGAGAUGGAUAAUUCCAUGGGCCAGUAUGCCAGUUGGGAGUCUCAAUCUCCUGUCAGCCUACGAGUUGAAUAUUUAGAUUACUGGAAUAGUUGUGUCAUGGUUCUGGGAAAGAAACUGUAGAUUUAUAUUUUUAGGACCAAAGCAGUUACUUAUCGACACACGGGUCUCAUCUUGGACCUUGAAGGGUUCAUAUGAUAAAGAAUCAUGGACUUAACCAGUUAUGCUCUGGUUUGAGACUUAGUGAAAAUAGAGGCAGGAAGCUUAUCAUCUUAUCUUAGGAAGACCUAACUCAGUGGAUAGCAAACUGGAACAUUGGUUGUAAGGCUAGUGAAGUUUUCACCCAACUGGAAUUUCAGAGAAAUAACAAGUGUGUAUUUAAGAAGCCACGGGCAUUGCAAAAUCUUUCUCAGUGGGCAGUAAAUAUGCACUAGGCUGACCAUUCUCUCUGGAAAUAGUCAAGAUAUGAACUAAGAAAUGUUAAUGCAAAUGCAGACAUUCCUGAAAGCCAGAGAGUUAAAUAACUUUUUUUUUUUUUUAAAUAAUGACAGUGGGUCCCAGAACUUUGAAAAGUCCUAGGGAUUUCUAAACACAAACAGAUUCGCAAGUGCUGUGCGCUUGUCAGAUCAGUCCAGGGUCCACCAACCAGAAGGCAACUUACUGUAUAAAUUAUGCAGAGUUAUUUUCCUAUAUCUCGCAGUAUUAAAAAUAAAUAAUUAAAAAGUGAAAAAGAGUAAAGAAACGAGUUGACCUCGGUCACAAAUACAAUGUUACUAUCAAAUCAGUCGUUAUUUUUUUUUAAAUGUAAUUUGUACAUCUUUUGUCAAUCUGUACAUUUGGGCUAUUUGUAUGUUUUUUAUAGCUGGUUUUUAAAAAGCAUAAUGUGACUUAUUGCGGAAGAGAACACAGGACGUUCAAGUCACUGACUUACUAGAAAGAGAAUCACUGGUGUUGUUAUUUAACAAGUGGGCAGAAGUAAAUCAAGGCAAACUCUUUAAACCGUUCCUGCUUUGGAGAUGUUUGUAAAUAACCGAACUGCAGCAAUCAUAACUUGGAAAAGAACAACCAAACUUUCCCUUGUGGAUACAAGGGAUCUUCCUGCCUUAUAUAUGCAAUAUAUUUUUUAGAUAUUAAAAUAUAUAUAAUUUUGCAGGUAAUCAUUGACUUUUUUAAACUAUAUUAAGUGUUAAGCUGACAACUGUCAAUGAAGACUAUGUUGUACAAAAAUUUGACUAAAUAAAUUGUGCCUUUUUCUCUCAGAA